GCUGUUGGUGAUGGCCGUUCUUUAACACAAAUCCUGAAAACGGUAGCAGGUGAUGCAGUUGGCCAGAAUAAUGCAUAUAAGCAUGUUGUUGAUUUGAUUCAACAGAUAACUCGAGCCCAUAAAGAAUUACAUUCUCAAUGGCAAGCCAAAAAACUACGUUUACAUUCCAGACUUGCACUGAUUGCUUUUGAAACCGAUACUCACAGAGUUCUUCAGUGGUUGGAAGAACAUGGUGAUGCAUACCUGAAUAAAAAUACUGCUAUUGGUAAUAAUUUAUCGCAAGCGAAAAUUUUACAAAGGAAUCAUAGUCAUUUCCGGUCAGUAGCCUCUAAUACUUACUCAAAUGCGGAAAAAUUAUUUACCGCAUCUAAUACUAUCAUUGAAUCUGGUGAAUGUGAUGUACAACAAAUGAGUGUUGUAGUGGAAGAGUUGAGGAGGCGAAUUGAAGCUUUCUCCUCAAGAGUCGAAGCACGGAGAGAUUUGCUGAAUAAAUCUGUUUUGUUCCACACACAUUACAGUGAAAUAAUGGAAUGGUAUGGGCGAAUGGAGGUGAAGAGUACCCAGUAUGACUUUGUUUCGACAAAUGUUCAAGAGGGCGAACGCCGUAAAGAAGAGUGGAUGAUUGAAAGCGAUGCCACGGCGCAGGCGUAUGCAACCACAAUGGGUGAAGGAAAUCAACUGAUUAGGGCGUUGGAGCAACAAGCUAAGAUAAUGAACAUUGAUAAUCGUGAUGCUGUUGCUAUAGUCGAGCGUUUAAUCAGUGAUAUUGAGAAGCGACAUGCGAAGCUAGCUGAUCGUUGGCCACAUCAAAGAAGAUCUCUUCAACUUGGUGUGAAAUUUGCAGCUUUUAUUAAGGAUUGCAAACAGAUUAUUCAACAACUUAAGAACUGGCGAGAGGAUAUGGUGGCCUUGGUGAAAUCUAAUAAUUUUGCCGAGCGUGCGGAACAUAUUCUACCGUACCAAAAUGAUAAUACUACCCAGGUCAAAAAUGCCGUCACUGGAGUUAAAAAUAAUGCUGCUGAGCUAUUACAGGCUCUUCGAGACAAUGAAUCUACACUUGUUAAUACGGAGGGUAUUCUGGCCACCGAUGUGAUUAUUACCAGCUUACAACAACUGACUGACUGUCAACAUGAAGUAAUGCAGGUAGCGCAAGAAACACAUCAUCGAAUUGAGCAAUGCAUGCAGUUCAAUCGUGCGCGUGCAAUGGCAGCAGUUGCAAUGCAAAAAAUGCAAUACGAAGAAACAAAAUUGCUUCAUAUGAAUACAAUUCCAACUUCGUUGGAAGAAGCUUUAGCUGCUCAAGCUGCUCACAAACAAUUCCAACACGCUAUCGAGAGCAUCAGUCGUACAACAAGUGCAUUUUUGAAUAAAACCGAUCAUCUGAUUAGCAGCGGUGGUGUUGAUGUCCGUUCUGUGGAUGAUUUGAAUGAAGAAGUAUUAAAUCGCUGGAGACGAUUAGUUGGUGUUACGGAAGAAAGGAAUAAAUUAAUUAAAGCCGGUGUUGUGUGCUACAAAACGCUGCAUCAGGGAGUCAUGCCAAUUUUGGACCAACUUGAGAAAGAAUACAGUAUGAGUUCGAAAGAUUGGUGCCAAAUUAGAAAUGGAGAAGAUGCUAAAGAUCGAGCUCAUCAUAUGUCAAGCUUGUUAUCGAAACAUAUGGAAUAUAAGGAGAGAUUUCUGAAGGGUUGCUCAUACGGACAGAAAACAUCAGAGAUGUUCCUGAAAUAUAUUCGACGUUGUGAGGCAUCAACAGAACAUAUAAGAUUGCAUGAAACACGCCUCAUGGCUCUCAAGGAAAACCUACGUAAGCGACAGAUGAAAAUUCUGGAUUUGUGGAUGCGAAAAAAGCAGCAGCUUGAUCGAUGUCAUGAAGCAUGCCUUCUUGAAGCCACAGCAAUUGAGAACGCUGAGUGGAUAGCUGUUGAAGGCGAAGCAUUUUUAAAGCAGUGUUUGGAAAGGCGAUUAAACGUGGCAGAUCGAGGAAGUCUGGAAGCAUACAUGGAUGAAUACAUGACUUUCAAAGCUGAAGCAAAGCAGAAAAGAUUGAAAGUUCGAAUGAUGCUUGAACUAGCUGAAAAGUUUCUGUCCGUGGUAGAUCAUCACUGUAAUGCAAUUGAACGAAAGAUGUUUGAUGUACGGUCAAGCUAUGAACAUUUUUUCAUGCAUCUUGCUGACUACGAGAAUUUAUUGUAUGGAGCACUGGGACAAAAGUUGGAUGUGAACAGAGCGAAAGAUGAAUUUUCUUUGGAUAGAAAAAGUGAUUCGAAUAUUGAAGCAAAAAUUGAGGUGGAACGGCUAGCUAAUGAAGAAAAACGUAAGAUGAGAGAACCAAUGAUGGAGUUAAUUAAAUCCGAAAAGGAUUAUAUUGAAGAUUUGCAUAAAUGUAUUAAGCAUUACCUGAGUGCGUUUCGUGCUGCAAAAGACUCAUUACCUGCAGCACUUCGAGAUAAAGAAAAAGAAAUCUUCAGCAAUAUUGAACAGCUCUAUAAAUUUCAUAAUGAAGUAUUCUUACCAGAAUUGAUCAAACAUGAAAACGACCCGGAAGAUGUGGGAUAUUGUUUCAUAUUUUCCGUUGAAAUGCUUAAUACUUUAUAUACGGAAUAUUGUGUUAACAAAGAACAAAAUAAUUAUAUUAUUGCAUUACCGGAAGCUAUGCAAUUCUUUUCGGAAAUUCGUGAAAGAAACGGUUUAGAACACAGCCAGGAUCUGUCAUCUUUGGUAAUCAAGCCUGUUCAACGAAUAACACGAUAUCGUUUAAUGCUCGAACAGCUGCUCAAAAAUUGCAGGAACAACGUUGAUGAAAUCCGGGAGGCUUACGAUGUGGUUGUUAGCGUACCGCGACGGGCUAAUGAUCUUAUGCAUCUUGGUAAUUUUGAAAAUUAUAAAAAACUUGGUGUCCUUGGUGAUUUUGUGAUGCAAGAAUCAUUUCUGGUUUGGGAUCCGAAAGCGUAUUUUAAGAAAGGCCGGGAAAGGCAAGUCUUCCUGUUUGAACUCUGCGUUGUGUUCGCAAAAAAAACGGAAUUAUCAAGUCGAGCAAUCAAAUAUAUCUACAAAGCUCAUCUAAUGUUGGCUGAGAUCAAUGUUUGUGAGCACGUGGAAGGUGAUUCCAGCAAAUUUGCAUUGCGUCAGGGAAAUGAGCCAAAUACAGAAAUGCGCACGGAGCUAAAAGCAGCUAAUGAGCAAUGCAAAGUGCAUUGGGUAAAGAAAAUUCGAGAGUUGAUGCAAGGACUGAUGACUGCUAAUUUCGAUAUGAGACAAAUACCUGCUCGAAAUUCAAGUGCUACAACUACGACAUCGGUAUCAGAUCGAACGUCGAAAGACAGUGAUAGUUUGCCGACAAGUAAUGAGGAUAGAAAUUCGUUGCGUAGUUGCACUUCAUCGAACAGUAAUCACAAUCUAGAGGUCUGA